GCUUCCCCCGACAUCCCAGCCAAACCUUCCCUCCUUCCCCUGAGAUCCGUUCCCCCAUCGCUCCCUGCCCGAGCGAAACGUCGGUUCCCCUCCUGCCGCCGAUCCCCUUCAGGCGCUGCAGGCUGCAGUGAGCUCACCCCCAGCCUCCUCUUCUCCAGCUCCCGCAGCCCGUCUUUGUACGGAGGUGCUCAGCCUCCAGGUUCAUGUGUGACCCCCAAGGCUGUGAUCCCCAGAUCUGCGUGUGCCCCGCCAGGCAGGAGCGCCUUGCAGGGAGCGCCCGGCAUGGAGGACAAACGCAACAUCCCCAUCAUCGAGUGGGAGCACCUGGACAAGCGGCGCUUCUACGUGCUGGGCAUCUGCAUGACCAUGAUGAUCCGCGUCAGCGUCUACCCCUUCACGCUGAUCCGCACCAGGCUGCAGGUGCAGAAGGGGAAGAGCCUUUACAACGGGACCUUCGACGCCUUCGUGAAGAUCCUGAGGACGGAGGGGGCGGCCGGGCUGUACCGCGGCUUCCUGGUCAACACCUUCACCCUCAUCUCGGGGCAGUGCUACGUCACCACCUACGAGCUGACGCGCAAAUACGUGGCGCGGUACAACAACAACAACGCCGUCAAGUCGCUGGUGGCCGGCGGCUCGGCCUCGCUGGUGGCUCAGAGCAUCACGGUGCCCAUCGACGUCGUCUCCCAGCACCUGAUGAUGCAGAGGAAGGGUGAAAGCAUGGGCAGGUUCACGGUGCGCGGCCGCGACGGACGGCGGGUGGUGGUGUUCGGGCAAACCAAGGACAUCAUCGUGCAGAUCUUCAAGGCCGACGGGUUGAAGGGUUUCUACCGCGGCUACGUGGCCUCGCUGCUCACGUACAUCCCCAACAGUGCCGUCUGGUGGCCCUUCUACCACUUCUACGCCGGUACGUGCGCUCAGAACGGGGGGCCGUGGGGAGAGGUGGGGCGGAGCGGCGUUCGCCUUGGUUAUUGGUGGGGGUGGGGGUCUGGCUGGGAGGGGGCGGGCAGCGUGGGGUGAGAAGGGCCGGCUGCAUCUGCACCGCUCGCUCCCACCCGUCCCAGUGCAGAGGAAUCGCAGAAUCACCGAGGUUGGAAAAGAGCUUCGAGAUCAUCCAGUCCAACCGUCCACCAUCACCAGUGUUCUCACUAAUCCUCAUCCCUCAACACAAAAUCCAACCGUUCCUUGGACACCUCCAGGCCCGGUGACUCCAUCACUGCUGGGCAGCCC